GUGCGCCGCUAACGGUGGUUCUAUCCGGACCAGAGAGGUUCUCAACACUUGACGACAAUCGAGGCAUGACGGACACCCGAGCCUUGUCUCUCGUCUCCGCGGUUUCAAGUGAGGAUCAGCGGAUAUCCCGAUCACCUGUCGCAGAUAAGACAGCACCACUCUAGUGUCGGGCGGCGCCGUCACGGACGCCCCCCAUUGGCCGGCGGCGUGUCCUCAUUUGCAUGGACUCGUCCAGGCCGUGUUUAAACAAUCGAUAAAGCGAGCUGAUCGGUGCCAAACGUACUCAGUGUGUUUACCGUACGGGUAGUGUGUGAGAGACUUGGCCGGCCACUCUGCAAGCUUGUACGGCGGACUUGGAGUGUAGCGUGAAGCCGGCUGUUGGGCCGCGUGGGAGGACUUCGCGACAAGGAGAGACGUUUUAAAAGACGUCCCGUGCAGGUGUGUACCGGGACGUGUUGAUAUCUGAGCCCCCUCAGGUGUGGUGUGAGGCGCCGAGGCCGUGGUUUUCAUUCACCGUGUCGCCCUGACCGGGAAUUCCGCUGCAGUUUUAGAAACCACUCUAGAUCUUAGCCCGGAGGGCACAACUGUUCUCUGGCUCUCAACCCGCUUAGUAGUUGUUCGGUGGACUGAUCUCCGGGUGGAACUAACUACACCGCGUGUGUCACUCACCCUGUGUGUGUGUUUAACUGUUGCAUCAGCAAAUUGUGUCACUGCGGUCUGCUGUCCUUGAUCUGAGACAGGAUUCGGCUCAGAUUCCCGCCUUUCUUACGUCUCUGUAUCACCGAGAGGGAGAGAGGAAAGAAAGAAAGGACAGAGAGAGAGAGUGGGGGAGACGACAUUUCUGUCUAGAACAUCCUCGUAGGGACGACGCAAGGACCGUGAGCCGACCGCCGGGGUGCUGGCCUCACCUGGUCAGUUGGUUUGAUCAGUGUGACCGAGAUUACAUACACCCAGCGUGGCCCUGUAAGGAGGCUAGCUCUGUGAGAAGCGUGGUCGGGUCUACAUCGUGUGAGUAUGUAGACUGCAUACCCUCAGCUCAUGCCGAUGACUACAACGCUGUAAUAAUUGGAAGGCGUGAACUUCGAGCGACCUACCAUGGCUGUACUCCGUGUGGCGAUGUCGGCGUUGGUUGUAGGACUAGUCCUGGCCACUUUCGUACCGGUACAUGGUGGAAAAGACGCCCCGAUCACCAGAGAAGAGCAGAUGCAAAUUCUUUGGGAGGAAAGGGAGAAAUGUAGAAGCACCAUAGACACCAACAGACCAACCACAGGAGGACCCUACUGUAACCAGUCGUGGGACUCGCUGAUCUGUUGGCCCUACAGCACUCCUAACCGGUCCGUCAGGGUGAAGUGUCCGAAAUACGUGCACGACUUCAACCACAGAGGCUAUGCCUUCCGUGAGUGCGGCCCGGACGGAAACUGGCUGGUCAGCCCCCACACCAACAAGACCUACGCCAACUACACGGAAUGCAGCAAGUACUUACCGGAGUUAACAACUCUUAUAAACCCUGACUCACUGUUUGAGAAGGUGACGAAGCUGUACACUGUGGGGUAUUCCUUCUCCCUGGCGUCACUCACUGUAGCGCUGGCCAUUCUUGUCUACUUCAAACGGCUCCACUGCACCCGUAACUACGUGCACAUGCACCUGUUCGUGUCCUUCAUCCUCCGCGCCAUCUUUGUUCUGGUGAAGGACGCCGUGCUGUACGCGGAUGACGACAUCGACGUCCACGCUGUAGACUCCACCCUGCCGGAACAGCUGGGGGGACCCUUCGACACCCGAGGACCGAGGAACUCGUGGACGUGUAAGCUGGCCAUGUCACUGUUCAUGUACUUUAUGGCCACCAACUACUACUGGGUCCUGGUGGAGGGACUGUACCUUCACAAUCUCAUCUUCAUCUCCGUCUUCUCCGAAAAGAAGUUCUUGCGAUGGUUCAUCGCUAUUGGAUGGGGUUUUCCUCUGACGUUUGUUAUCCCUUGGGUGCUGGCUCGGGCCUACCUGGACAAUAUCGGGUGCUGGGACUACAGCGAACCGACAACGGGAUACCUGUGGAUCUACCGGGGACCAAUCGUGGCCGCCAUCUUGAUCAACUUCCUGCUGUUUGUCAACAUCCUGCGGAUCGUGGUGCAGAAACUGCGCAUGACCGUUUCGGUCGGGGCCGACCAGAGAAAGCGGUUCUGUUGCUGCCGCUGGCCGAGAGGUGUGAACUGGAAACUGGCGAAGUCGACCCUGGUUCUGAUCCCGCUGUUUGGAGUCCACUACAUCGUGUUUGUGGGCAUGCCUGACAACGUGGAAGGGGUGGCAAAGGAAGCCAGGCUUUACUUCGACCUUUUCUUCAACUCGUUUCAGGGUUUCUUCGUCGCCAUCUUGUACUGUUUCCUUAACGGAGAGGUGCGAGCGGAGUUCCAGAAGCGGUGGGAGCGGUGGCAGCUGGGCAGGAACCUGAGCUAUCGCAGUACCACGUGCUCUCCCCUCACCUGCAGUACAGCCCAGAACUACAGCGUCAGCCAGUCCCACAGCAACGGCGCGCCGCCCUCGCAACAACCGCCGCACUCCGUCAGGACCGUCUGCACCACCAAUUCCCGGAAACACAGUUCCCAGGAAAACAACUCGUUCCUGGAAAACGGCCUGAGCCAGGGGAUCGACAUCCAACAGGAGGGGCCACCCCAGGGAGGAAGCUCCCCCAAGAGAGCGGCGCUCAACUUGAUCAGUGAGAUCACCAAGAAGUGCCGGAAGAGGGAGAAGAGAGUGGCCUUCAACGUCAACGGGGUCGUGAUCCAGGAGGAAGGCGCGGAGGAUGUUGUGGAAGAAGAGGAGGAAGAGGAGGAGGAACAAUCAGAGAGAAGCGCGCUUCGCGGCCCUGAAGUGAUGGAGAUGGAGACCGUAUUGUGACAAGCUGCUCGCUCAAAAAGUCGGCUGUAAAUAAGUAUACAUAUAUACAUGUAUAUAUGACCGAACUCUUGAACUCAAAACCCACCGCUGAAACCAACAACAACGACAAGAAGGAAAGAAAACUGUGGAUGUACAUAUUCUGCGCUGUUGUAAAAAGAAAACAAGAAAGAAUGAUGUAGUUGUUAGGCUGUGACCGCAGAUGAGGAAGAGAGAAUUCGCCUUACAGGCGCGUGGUACUGCGAUAGCUCAGGACCUGACCAGUAUCUUUCCAGUGACGUCACGAGAAAACCCGGAUGUUCAAGUACCCGGGUGUUCAAGAAGUACCCGGAUGUUGAAUAAGUACCCGGAUGUCGGAGUACCCGGAUGUUCAAAGAACGCUUUCCAGUGACUUGACUCCCAGAGAGGGAGGACUCAGAUUUUUCAACAGUCAAAAAAAGAAAAACACAGACCGGUGAAGAAUAAAAAUGAACACUGAGUGGCGCUUUUGAUGCCGACUUUGAAUAUAUAUAUGUAAAGGCUUACAAUCGACUUGUGUACAGAAGAAUCAUGACGAUAUAGUCAGGUGUAAAAUGCAUGAAAUGUCGAAAAGAAAGAAGUACAUUUGACGAGCAUGUAAAUACUAGUAUAUAAGAGCUUAGCGACGGAAAGAUUCCGUCCCAACAUAUCGGCCAACUACUUCCGGGGUAAUCACUUCCGGUUUACAGCAGUGCUUGACCUUUUCCCAGAAUUCCAUGGCGCUUGCCCAUCACCAGUUGACCUGUCACCUUCUCUACAAUGGUACUAAGUUUGCUCAACCACCGCGUAUGCUUGUCAAUCAAAAAUCAACUCAUUCAUAAAAAAUCGAAGCCCUACAAAUAACGCCAAAUCACAUUCAGUGGGAGGAACCAUUUGUAAAUACGGAAAAGGGUUGAGUUUCACCAACAAUUGAUUUUGUUGACUUAACGAUUCAGUUUGGACAAAAUGCUUUUAAAAUGCACUGGCGAAAUUUUGUUUCACAAUGCAUGCAUGCAUAAAAGGCAUACAAACACACAC